CUGAGUUUUUUUUUUUCUGUUAGGGAGUGAGGGUGCAACUGGCAGUAAUGUCAACGUCUUUUUUUCCUAGGUUAAAUAUGAUUAUAUGAUUGCAUAAUGCCUCACAAAUAGAUACACAGGUUGAAAAUAAUAAACCUGAACAGUUUUUAUGAAGGCUUGACGUUACCGAUGCCAGACCUUUUGGGUUUUUUUUUUGUAAAACAAAUAACGCUAGUUGGCUGCUUCUUUUGUGUUCGGGGGCGUUAUACAGCUAGCAGUUAACGUCGUUUAGAGGAUAAUUUAAAAGCAGCUCAUUUCCUUUUUUUGAGGGGACUGUUUGAAAGUGUAGCUCGUUAGCAGUCUUUUGUGGCUGCUUCACCUCAUUGUGUGGAUUCGGUAGAGAAGUAAUCAGCUUUAGGUUAGCUCGCUAUUUUCUUAAGAAAACGAGUAAGCAAACACUGAUAUGGGCUAUAUUCUUUUUUUUAAAGACAUUUUUAUCCGUGUUCAAAUAGCGUCCUCUUUCUUCCUUCCUUAGCAAAAGGAAGCCAAGGGUCUAAACAGCACAUUGACAAAAGUGUUCGGCUAGGCCAACGUUUAGUGUGAGGAGAAAAACAGAUUGCCCCCUUUUCAUAUGACUUGACAGUUAACUUUGUAAAAACACAAGUCCUGUCGAAUUAACUUAACGUUAAGCAGUUCCUAAAAGAUACGUAGUGCUAACUUCAGGAAAGCAAAGGGCUAACCACACCGAGCUAGCCCCUUUAGCCACUUAUAUACGGGCUUUUAAGCUCGCCAUAGGUAUUCAUUCGAGGUAGGGUUGAUAUUUUUGCUCAUUUUUUGCUCUUUUUUGCUUUUUUUAAACCAGCUAACACGUUAGCUGUGCCGAAUGCUGCUUGUAGCCUUAAGCUAGCCCUCCGCUAGCCGCUCCCCUCAGACUUAGAGAUGUCGAGUGUUUCCAACGAAGCGGUGAUCUUAAUCAAAGACGUAAAGCCGGGAUCGAAAAAUCUCAAUAUCGUUUUUAUAGUUUUGGAAAUAGGUCGGGUGACCAAGACAAAGGAUGGUCAUGAAGUGCGCUCCUGUAAAGUGGCCGAUAAAAGCGGCAGCAUCGCCAUCUCUGUUUGGGAUGAACUGGGCAGCCUCAUCCAGCCAGGGGACAUUAUUCGCCUUACACGAGGUUAUGCUUCCAUUUGGAAGGGAUGCCUUACCCUGUACACUGGACGAGGUGGAGACCUGCAGAAAAUUGGAGAGUUCUGUAUGGUAUACUCCGAGGUUCCUAAUUUCAGUGAACCAAAUCCAGAGUUGCUAGCCCAAGCCAACCAGCAGAAUAAGACGGGUAAAGAACAGCAAGGAAAUUCUCCACCCAAUCAAAAUCUUGGUACUCCUGUUCAAGCAGGAAAUGGUGCCCCUGCACCACCUAACUUCGGGGCUCCGGGAAGAACAAAUGGACGCGUUCCUGGCAACGGUCCCCCUCCUCCAGUGACUGUAGGGGGACCUCCGGCCCCUCCUAAACCAUCUGUCACCAUCAGCAAUGGCAGGGACCCCCGACGUGCUUCGAAGAGAUGAGACACUGAUUGCAAAACCACUGUCCCGCCCUCCCAACAGCCCCUCUGUGCACACAAAGCUUGAAUAUUUCUGCAAUGUAACUGCCAAUCAAGGGAUGCAAAGUCUUAGUCAAUCUGCUGGAUGUAGACUUUGGCCUCUUAUUUCACCUAGAACUGUAUUAGCAAAAAUGGCUAAUGGUUUCUGAAGAACAGUUAUGCCAAUUUUUUAUUAUUUUUAUAAAUCACCCUUUUCUUUCCGUGUAGUGCAGGACUCCCUAUAUGCCCCUCUGCAUCCCUUCCCGAAUUGUGUUUGAAACUAUACACCCUACUUGAACACUUGAUGCACUUUCUUCAAUUAAUUUAUAGUAAACACAUUACUGUCAUGUAAUUCAGGAAUGGUUGAAACUGCUGUUUGCAAAUAGGCAGGCAGAAACUGGUGGCUGCCUUUUUUCUUCAUGGGUUUUUGCCCUUUGGCCAAAAAAAGUACCAAAAGUGACUGUGUGAAAGCGGUGAUAGUUUGACACAUAGGUUUAUUUAAUUAGGAAUAAAACUAGAAAUUAACAAA